AUGGAGAAUGAUUUAGCUGAUAAACUCCGCAGAUUUGCUCUGUCAGAAAAAGAGGAAGAAGGAAUUGUUAUAUCAGAGGAAGGGAUAGCUCCAUCACUCCAAGAAUGUGUUCUCAGCCUUAUGGGAAAGGUUUAUGGGGAGAAAAAUGUAAAUUUUCAAGGCCUGAAAGCGACUUUGGGAGCAAUCUGGGUUACUAAGCAACCGUUUUCCAUCAAAAGCCUGGGCGACAACUUAUUCCAGUUUCUGUUCCAAUGUGAAGAAGACAGAGAUAAAAUUCUUCAGGGUAAAACCUGGAGUUUUGAUGGCCAAUAUAUUCUUCUCAAGCAAUGGCACCCAGAUAAGCUCAAUUUCACGGCUGAAGAUGAAGUGAUCAAGAUUUGGGUCCAGAUUCAUAACAUGCCCCUGCAUUGGAUGAGUGCUGAUACAGGCCUAAAGAUGGGUAAAAUGUUAGGCAAACCUUUGGAUGUUCAGAUUCCGGGGCCCAACUGCUAUCAUGGUCAUAUCUUUAAAGUGCAAGUAGAACUCAAGCUGAAGGACCCCAUUCUAAGAGGCUGCAAAAUCAAAUUAGGAAAUGAAUCUAAAUGGGUGGAUUUCAGGUAUGAAAGUCUCCAAAGCUUUUGCUUUUAUUGUGGUAGAUUAGGUCACAAUGAUAAAAAUUGUGAUUCUAAAAAAGAGGAUGUCUUAAGAAGUACCCUUACCCUAGGGCAGUUUGGAGAGUGGUUGAGAGUUAGCCCUCUUAACUUAGGAUUGUUUAAAUCCCACAGUUCUCCUUCUUCUGAUAGCAGACCUCUUGACAAGAGUUCUGGUAAAAAUGUUGCUAGUAGUCCUGAAGAAGAUGAGAUUGGGGAUAGAAGUCUUGAGAAUCCUUUAGCCUUGGUCCAAGUUGGAACUCUGCAUGUUCCACUGAUGAACAAGGUGGGGAGUUCUUUGGUUAAAAGCAGUAAGGGCUCUGCAGAAGCCCCAGCUGCCCAACCCAAUGGAAUUCUAGAUUCCAUUCCUGAAGAUACUAAUCUGGUACCUUCUAACUUAGUGGAUAUAAAUAUCCAAACUGGUUCUAUUGGAGCCAGGGUGAUGCAGAGGAAAAAAAAAUCUUAUAAAAAAAUGUCAAAACCCCUAAGGAACCCGUGUUGGAAACCAUGGCUGUUGAUCUUGAUGGGAUAA